AUGGACCCCAUUAGUCUCCAACUGGGCACCAGGAACCUGCAUGGAUGUCUCGUGAGGCUGCUCAGCAGAGACCUAGAAUGGCUAAACGCCAAGGUGAAGUUACUCCUCCCCAACGUGGACCUGGGCUCUGGAAAUCAGGCCCUAGACCCCACACAGAGGGUCAUCCUGAUACUCCAAAAGCUGCAUACCCAGGGUCCGACCACCUGGAAGUCAUUCAUCCACUGCGUGUGCAUGGAGCAGGAUGUGCCGCUGGACAUGGAGGUGCCGCUGAUGAGCACGUGGGGCCACGAAGACGGCUUCCCCAGUUUUCUGGAAAUUGGCGAGGAAAGCCAAUCAGACUCUCAGCUCCACCCUGGCCUCAAGCGGCCUCAUCAGAGCUGUGGGUCCUCACCUCGUCCAAAACAGCUCAGGAAGCUGCAACAAGAGUUGGCCAAGAGGUACCUGCAGCUACUGAGAACUUCUGCCCAGCAGCGCUAUGGCGACAAGACCCCCGGGCCGGGGCAGCCGUUGGCCUUCCACCAAGCCUACGUCCCUCCAAUCUUGCAAUGGAGCCGCGCCUCGGCGCCCUUCCACACGCAGGAGGGUGCAGUGACAGGGGACCCCAAGGCAGAAGAUGGUGCCCUCGUGAACAUUCGGGACCUCUUCAGCACCAAGGCCAGCAAGGGCCCGAGAGUGAGGGUGCUUCUGGGGAAGGCGGGCAUGGGCAAGACCACGCUGGCCCACCGGCUCUGCCGGAAGUGGGCUGACGGUCAGCUGGACCGCUUCCAGGCAGUGUUCCUUUUCGAAUUCCGCCAGCUCAACCUGAUCACAGGUUCCUUGACGCUGCCGCAACUCCUUUUUGAUGUGUACCUGAGGCCCGAGGCCAGCCCCGAGGCUGUCUUCCAGCACCUGAAGGAGAACGCAGACGGAAUCCUGCUGAUCUUCGACGGGCUGGACGAGAUCCUCCAGCCCUGCUCCGACAACGAGACCGCAGAUCCGGAGGACCCGGCGUCCGCCCUCACCCUCUUCUCCCGUCUCUGCCGUGGGACCCUCCUGCCUGGCUGCUGGGUGAUGGCCACCUCCCGUCCAGGGAAGCUGCCCGCCUGCCUGCCCACUGAGGCGGCCACGGUCCACAUGUGGGGCUUCGACGGCCCGCGGGUGGAGGAGUACGUGAACCACUUCUUCAGCGACCAGCCGUCCCAGGAGGCGGCCCUGGCAGAGCUGCGCACGGACAGACACCUCUGGAGCCUGUGUGCAGUGCCCGCGCUGUGCCGAGUCGCCUGCCUCUGCCUCCAUCACCUGCUCCCGGACAGGUCUCCAGGCCAGUCAGCGGCCCUCCUGCCUACCAUGACGCAGAACUAUGUGCAGAUGCUCCUCACCCUCAACCCCCGAGGGGUCCUGCCUGCUGAGCCCCUGCUGGGUCUCGGGGAGGUGGCCCUGAGUGGCCUGAAGUCAGGGAAGGUCAUCUUCUCUGCAGGAGACAUCCCUGCAUCCACCCUGGCCUUUGGGGCUGCCCUCGGCCUGCUGACCUCCUUCUGCGUGUGCACGGGGCCCGGGCACCAGGACACGGGCUACGCCUUCUCCCACCUCAGCCUGCAGGAGUUCUUCGCGGCCCUGCACCUGAUGGCCAGUCCCCAGGUAGACAGAGAGGCCCUCAGCCAACAUGUCACCCUGCAUUCUCGCUGGGUGCAGCGGACCAAAGCCAGGCUGGGCCUGUUGGACCACCUUCCCACCUUUCUGGCCGGCCUGGCGUCCCACGCCUGCCGCGCCUUCCUCAGCCUCCUGGCUCAGCAGGAGGAGGAGUGGGUGGCUGACAAGCAGGCGGCAGUCCUGCAGGCACUGAGGAAGUUGGCCACCCGUCGGCUCACAGGGCCCAAGGUUGUCGAGCUGUGUCACUGUGUGGGUGAGACGCAGGAGCCUGAGUUGGCCGGCUUCAUGGCCCACAGCCUCCCCCAGCAGCUGCCCUUCCACAACUUCCUGCUGACCUACGCUGACCUGGCCUCCCUGACCAACAUCCUGGGGCACAGGGAUGGCCCCAUCUACCUGGAUUUUGAGGGCUGCCCCCUGGAGCCCCGCUGCCCUGAAACCCUGGCAGGCUGUGGGCAGGUAGAGAAUCUCAGCUUUAAGAGUAGGAAGUGUGGGGACGCCUUUGCAGAAGCCCUCUCCAGGAGCUUGCCAACGAUGGGGAGCCUGAAGAAGCUGGGGUUAGCAGGAAGUAAGAUCACUGCUCGAGGCAUCAGCCACCUGGUACAGGCUUUGCCCCUCUGCCCACAGCUGGAGGAGGUCAGCUUCCAGGACAACCAGCUCAAGGACAGGGAAGUACUGGACAUCGUGAAGGUACUCUCUCGCCUACCACAGCUCCAGAAACUUGACCUGAGCCGCAACAGUGUCUCCGUGUCAACACUACUCUCCUUGACAAAGGUGGCGGUCACGUGCCCUACCGUCAGGAUGCUCCAGGUCAGGGAGACGGACCUCAUCUUCCUCCUCUCCCCACCCACAGAGACAGCUGCUGAGCUACAAGGAGACCCAGACUUACAGGGAAAUGCCAACCAGAGGAAAGAGGCUCAGAGGAGAUGCCUGGCACUCAGGCUCCAGAAGUGUCAGCUUGGGGUCCAUGAUGUGGAGGUGCUCAUAGCCCAGCUGCGGGAAGGCCCACAACUGGAUGAAGUGGACCUCUCAGGGAACCAGCUCAAAGAUGAAGGCUGUCAACUGAUGGCAGAGGCUGCUCCUCAACUGCACAUCACGAAGAAGCUGAACCUCAGCGACAAUGGGCUUUCUGUGGCCGGGGUGCUGGGUAUGCUGAGUGUGGUGAGCAUGUGCCAAACCCUGACAGAGCUACAUAUCAGCCUGCUGCACAAAACUGUGGUCUUCACGUUUGCCCCUGAGCAGGAGGAGCAGGAGGGGAUCCAGAAGAGGGCUACAUUUCCUGACAGCCUUAUGUUCCAGAUGCCCUCUGAGCCGUCCCUGCGCUCCCCGAGGAUCAGGCUGACGCACUGUGCCCUGCAAUCCCAGCGCCUGGAGCUGCUCUGCAAAGUGCUGGGAGGAAGUUGCUGCCUCGGUCACCUUGACUUAUCAGGCAAUGCUCUGGGGGAUGAAGGUGUGGCCCUGCUGGCUCGGCUGCUCCCAGGACUGGGUUCUCUGCAGUCCUUGAACCUCAGUGAGAACGGCUUGUCCCUGGAGGGUGUGUUCAGUUUGACCCAGUGCUUCUCUACUCUGCGGUGGCUCCUACAUUUGGAAUUCAGCUCUGCAAGCCAACGCGUCAUCCUGAGAGGUGACCAAAGAGGCAGGGAUCUGUUAGCUGCUGGAUCUUUGCCAGAGUUCCGAGCUGGAGCCCGGUUGGGGUUUGGUCAGCGCCACAUCCCCAGGAGCUUCUGCCUCAGGGAAUGUCAGCUGGAGCCCCCGAGCAUCUCCCACCUCUGCAAGUCUCUGGAGAAGUGCCCGGGGCCCCUGGAAGUCCAAUUGUCCUGCGAGGUGCUGAGUGACCAGAGCCUGGAGACCCUGCUGCACCACCUACCACAGCUCCCCCAGCUAAGCCUGCUGCAACUGAGCCAGACGCAACUGCCUCCAAGGAGCCCCCUCCUGCUAGCUGACCUCUUUAACCUGUGCCCACAAGUUCAGAAGGUGGAUCUCAGGUCCCUGCGUCAUUUGACACUGCACUUCAGGUCUGGUGAGGAGCAGGAAGACAGGUGCUGUUGGUUCACUGACUGCGGCCUCCGCCAGGAACACGUGGAGCCACUGUGCUGGUUGCUGAGCAAGUGUGAAGACCUCAACCAGCUGGACCUCUCAGCAAACCUGCUGGGUGAUGAUGGGCUCAGGUGCCUCCUGGAACACCUCCCCCAGGUGCCCAUCUCCAGUUCACUUGAUCUAAGCCACAACAGUAUGUCUCAGGAAAGUGUCUUGUCCCUGCUGGAGGCUCUGCCCUCCUGCCCACGUGUCCGGGAGGCCUCAGUGAACCUGGGCUCCAAGCAGAGCUUCUGGAUUCACUUCUCCCGACAGGAGGAGGGUGGGAAGACACUGAGGCUGAGAGAGUGCCACUUCAAGCCAGAGCACGUGCCCAGACUGGCCACCAGCCUGAGCCAGGCCCUGCAGCUGACGGAGCUCAUGCUGACCUGUUGUUUCCCCGGCCUGGAGCAGCUGACUGUCCUCCUGGGUCUGCUAACGUGGCCGAUGGGGCUGCUCACUCUCAGGGUGGAGGAGCCCUGGGUGGGCAGAGCCGGGGUCCUCACGCUGCUGGAAGUCUGUGCCCAGGCCUCAGGCAACAUCACUGAAAUAAGCAUCUCCAAGACCCAGCAACAGCUCAGUAUCCAGCUGGAAUUUCCCCAUCAGGAGAACCCAGAAGCCGUGGCCCUCAGGCUGGCUCACUGUGACCUGGGAACCCACCAAAACCUCCUUGCCAGGCAGCUGAUGGAGACAUGUGCCCGGCUGCGGCAGCUCAGCUUGUCCCAAGUGAACCUCUGUGAUGCCAGCUCUCUGCUGCUGCAAAGCCUCCUGCUAUCCCUCUCUGAGCUGAAGACCUUCCGGCUGACCUCCAGUCGUGUGAGCUCCAAGGGGCUAGCCCACCUGACAUCUGGUCUGAGCCAUUGUCACCUUCUGGAGGAGCUGGACUUGUCUAACAAUCAACUUGGUGAGGAGGGCACCAAGAUGUUGUUGGGGGCCCUUGAGGGCAAGUGCAGGCUGAAGAGGCUUGACCUCAGCCACCUCCCACUGGGCGGCUCCACCCUGGCUGUGCUCACUCAAGGACUAGGCCACAUGACAGUCCUGCAGAGCCUCCGUCUGAGCAGGAGCAACAUCGAUGACGUCGGCUGCUGCCACCUUUCAAAGGCUCUCAGAGCUGCCACCAGCUUGGAGGAGCUGGGCUUGAGCCACAACCAAAUCGGAGACACCGGUGCCCAGGACUUAGCUGCUGUCCUGCCGGGGCUCCCUGAGCUCAGGAAGAUAGACCUCACAGCGAAUGGCAUCGGCCCAGCAGGGGGAGCGCGGUUGGCAGACUCUCUCACCCUUUGCACGCACCUCGAGGAGCUGAUGCUUGGCUUCAAUGCCCUGGGAGACUGCACAGCCCUGGGUCUGGCCAACGGGCUCCCCCGGCACCUGAGGGUCCUGCACCUGCCAUCCAGCCAUCUGAGCCCAGAGGGGGUGCUGAGCCUGGGCCAGGCCCUGGAUGGAUGCCCACACGUGGAAGAGAUCAGCUUGGCAGAGAACAGCCUGACCGGAGGGGUCCCGCGUUUCCAUCAGGGGCUCCCACUGCUCCGGCAGCUUGACCUGGUGUCGUGUGAGAUUGACAACCAGACCGCCAAGCCCCUCACCGCCAGCUUCGUGCUCUGUCCGGCCCUGGAAGAAAUCACGCUGUCCUGGAAUCUGCUCGGGGAUGAGGCAGCUGCUGAGCUGGCCCGGGUCCUGCCACAGAUGGGCCGGCUGAAGAGAGUGGACCUGGAGAAGAAUCGGAUCACAGCUUAUGGAGCCUGGCUCCUGGCUGAAGGGCUGGCUCAGGGAUCUGGCAUCCAAGUCAUUCGCCUCUGGAAUAACCCCAUUCCCCCGGACAUGGCCCAGCAUCUGCAGAACCAGGAGCCCAGGCUGGAUUUUGCUUUCUUCGACAACCAGCCACAGGUCAUCCCCCGGGGUACCUGA